GUGGACUUGUGGACCAAACAAGAAGUCGCCAUCUGAUAAGACUUUGAAGCUAAUCUACUGAAACACUCUACUAGUCAAACAUUACAUACGAUGACUUGUAGACGAAGUCAAGAAGCCAACGUCAAUGAAGGACCACCAUUAAAUUACUAUUAGCAAAUUACAUGUUCUGCUACACAUACAGAUCUGUGACUUCCCUUCUUCUAUUGUGAGAAAGAGAUCAAAAAUGGAGACAAAGAGUGAAGAGAAGCGAAGUGUCAUCGAACUACUAGAACAAACUGCGAAGCUACUCUUUGGUAACAUCAAUCUCGCUCUCUUCCUCUUCCUCUGCUCUCUCCCACUGUUUUGUUUCUUGAUCUUCUUCGAGCUCUCCCUCCAAACCACUGUCUCACUCGCUUCUCGAUACCUUUAUAAGCUAGUCACUUCUGAGGAGAACUUGUCGGAGAAUGAUCUUAUUCCAUGGUUGAUUCAGACAUCUCUGCUCUACUUCUUCCCAUACACCUUUCUUGACCUCUUUACCACCACCGCAAUCGUUGCAGCAUCUUCGACUAUUUACACGUCCAAGGAAGAACCACUGGGACUGCUUUAUUUGGUACGGAGAUCUGUCAAAAUAUGUCAGAACAGAGUAGGAGGUUGUCUGAUCACAUCUCUCUAUGUCCUUCUCUUGUCAACCUCUGUUGUGUUUGGUUUUUUAUCUGGUUCAACCGUCUACUUAAUGAUUGUUUCUCUCACAAUCGAGCACCAAAUAUUCCUUAAAGAAUCAGUGGUCUUGGCAAUGGGCCUCUUGGCAGUGUUGUUCGAUGUGGUGGUUAUUCUGAUUCACGGAACUGUCUUCAUAGUUCUGGCUACAAAGUUCUGCAAGUGGAGCGCAGGAUGGAACAUUAGUAUGGUUGUUUCGGUCUUAGAGGAGGAUGAAGAUGGUAAAGGCAUCUACGGAAGUAAUGCUCUGUCACUUUCAGCUUGGUACGUAAGAGGACAAGAGAAGCGUGACCUAUGGAUGAUGCUAUUGUUCUUUGCCUGCGCUUUCCUGACGAGGAUGCCAUGUAUAUACUUCAAAUGCAGUGAGAGUCUUAAUGGGAACGGAGUGUUGUACACUGGUCUCUAUGUGGGUUUGAUUUGUAUCGGGAAUGUGGUUAAAUGGGUGUCUUGUGUUGUUUGUUAUCAUGAUUGUAACACGAGGGUUCUGAGGAAAAAGGGUGAUGUGGAGAUUGGGAUCAAAAGCUAAGGCUUUUGUUGCUACAUAGAGAACUUGUUUUGUGACCAAAAUCUUAAUAUCAAUCAUGUUUUUGCUCACUUUCAUCUAAGCUAAUAACAAAAUGAAGUCUAAUAGUGCUGCAAACAAAUUUCUUGGAAUAAAAUCAGAAAUUUCCAUCUGAUAAGACACUUAAAAGCUUUAUAUAUAGUAAGUAAAACCCUACCACUACUAGUCAAACA